CAGGCAGUUCCCAGUUGAAGGCAGGCAGCAGUAUAGAGUUAUAGACUGUACAACAGAGAGGAGGGAGGGGGAAAAAGAUUGAAGUAAGAAGAUGAAGGCUUUGGGAUGGUGGUUAAUACGAGUGGGUUCACUUCGAUUACUCUCCGUUUGGUUCGGCUUCUUCGAUAUUUGGGCUCUUCGUCUCGCUGUUUUCUCCAACACCACUAUUAUCGAAGUUCAUGGGAGGACUUUUGGAGUUUGGACACUUUUGACUUGUACCCUCUGUUUUCUUUGUGCAUUUAACUUGGAAAAUAAGCCACUAUACUUGGUGACGUUUUUGUCAUUCAUCUAUGCCUUUGGUCACUUUUUGACUGAAUACACCUUCUAUCACACGAUGGCUCUCUCAAAUCUGACAACUGUAGGCAUAUUUGCAGGGACAUCAAUUAUAUGGAUGCUAUUACAGUGGAAUGCACAUCAGCUAAGACAUGUCAAGCAUGCCUGAAAAUUAACUUAUUUACUUUCAUUUGCUUUAAUCUUAUUGCUGACAGCCUGACACUAUAAUUUCUUAGUUUGGAUUUUAUGUUCUCAAUGGGUACUCUAAUUGGUAUCAUCUGUUUACUGGAGUUGUGUCUCA